AUGUUUUACUACCCGAAUGUUCUCCAACGUCAUACUGGAUGUUUUUCCACAAUUUGGUUAGCAGCUACCAGAGGUAUCAGAAUCACUCGCAGAGAGCUUCUCAGAGUAAACGUCAAGCGAACCUGCAUGGACAUCCUGGACUAUGUGACUGCACAGGUUCUUCCGCCACAACCCAACCUACCCAAGCCUCGGUUCUCUCUCUAUCUGUCGUCCCAGCUGCAGUAUGGAGUGGUUGUUGUCUACCACCAGCAGUGUGGCUUCCUGCUCGAGGAGGUUCAACAAACCAUUGACCGUCUGCUGCGCUCUAAGAGAUGCAUCCAUAUUGACAUGGCUGAAUCUGACAGGAUUGCUUUGGACAUUCCGGACAGCCUGUAUAUGAUGGAGAAAGCAGAAGGAGCUCAAGACCCCUUCUUUGGUCUCAUGGAAUCAUGCCAACUCCCCAGCCCCUAUAGAAUACACCAGACACAGUUUGUGACUGAAGAGGUGGGUUCACAGCACUCCCUGGUGCCUAGUCCCCACACUACCAAAGGUUUCAGGUCAUCUCCAGCUGCCAUCACUAUGAUGGAGAAGGAGCAGUUCGUCAUCACCACUGCUGAGUAUUUUGAGGGAGAUGACUUUCCUGAAGCCACAGACAGAGACAUUGACUUGUUGAUGGAACAACCGGACCAGUUCCGUAGCGAAGUGGAGGGGAGGACCAGGGAAGUUGAGGGAGCCAUGUCUUCUGUUGACCAGCUGAAGGAGUCGAUGUUGGGGACGGAGCGGGACAGCGUGUGGCUGCUGGAUGAGGAGUCCGGUCGACCUGUGGAGGUUCUGCUGGAACCUGUUGCCCUGGAGAUGACCCCUCCACAUGUUGCCAUGCCAACUCCACCCUCCGGGAAAGUGGGAGACAUAGUGACAGAAAGCCUCUGUGAAGAGGUGGUUGCUCCUCCUUUAAAGAAGCGAGGUGGACGAGGCAGGCGUCAGCUGGUUUUUGCUGACCCUCAGAUGCAGAUAUCCGACACAGCAAUGAAGGAGCAGAUUGGAAACCCGACGGCUGAGACACUGGACCCGUCAAUGGCGUUGCUGGACCUUCAAUCUCUGACCAAGCAUGCCAGUCCUGCUCAGCUCUUCAGCACCCCCUGUGGAUCCCUCCUCCAUGCUGACCUCCUGUCACUAUGGAAACAGCAGGCCUCCCUCGCUGUCCUGCCCGGACAAGGGGACAAAAACAAAGGAGAGGAGGAGGAGGAGGACGAUGAAGAGGCGAGAAGGGAGUCAGAGCAGGACAGAGAAAUCCUGAGGAUGGAGAGGAAGAGGAGGCGCUCAGGCAUGAAGGAGAUUACCAGUGAGUCAGGGCUGCAACCAGCAGAAGGCUCAUCUGUGUUAGAUGUGAUCCUGGACAUAUCCAAAGAAGAUAAAUCUGCGAGCGAUGUCAUUACUCCUGUCGGCAGAUGGUCUCCGCAGGAAGAAGUCCAGCCACCAAUGGAGCCUAUAGCAGAGGAAAACAUUGAGCUGCCCGAGGCUCAGACUGAUACAGAGAGCAGGAGCAUGCUGAGCUGGAUCUCCUCAAACCUGCAGAGCUUUGGUAAAGUCACCUUUGACUCAUUGCUGCCCCCGGAGGCCGACCGCUCCACUGCAGCUCACACGCUCUACAAACUGCUGGAGCUGCUGUCUGCUGGACAGGUGACUGCAGGUCAAACUGAACCGUACAGUGACAUCACUAUAAAGCCUGCAGCACUCAGCAUGGAUGUCUGA